ACGAUGGUUGUCAUUGGAAUUCGACCAUUUUUCCCGAAACACACCGUCAUACAAAAUUUCUUGUUCCGCGAAAAACUCAAUAAUUUUCCCAUUUCUUUUAACAUUUUCACCAAUUGUACUAUGCAAAUAUCAUUUGAGUGACCUAUUACAGUAUUUGGUGGUAAAAUUGUGCGAUAUUAUCUGUGGGUAUUCAUGUAAAAUUGACAUAAAAGUCAAGACAAAGGGAGCUGGCAAACGUGACUGGGAAGUUUCUGUGAAUUUUCUUAGUGAAGUGGCCAGGAAGAAGUGACCACAAAAUGAAUGUAUUGGUGCGGAGAGGAAACCUAAUCAAUUGCCGAACAAUAAGGUACACCGGCAACGAUGGGGGAAGUCGGCUGACACAUAGUUCAGUUCUCACGAGGAGACUAAGUCGCCUCGAUAUGAGAGAUUUCAAUGUUCCUGCCUAUCGUUGGAGGCACUACAGCGCCAAUGCUCUGCCAUCUAUGUCAGCCUGUUCAGUUCACCUGGACAGUCGCAGGCAGCCGGCUAGAUCCUUUUCAGUGUCUUCGAGGCGGCUGGAGCAGCCGUCAUCGAAGGUAGAGGCUACAGUAAAGAAUAUCAAACAGGAGGCUGAAGUGAAAGCCAAAGCCACAGCUCCAGAAAGUGUGCCUGAAAAAGGACUGGCUCCAGUGCCGGAAAAGGCAGUGGUGAAGAAGAGUAUAGGACAGAGAGUAUGGGCUGAGAUCCUACACUACUACCAUGGGUUUCGGUUGCUGGGCAUCGACGUGAGUAUCUGCAGCAAAUUACUGUGGAAAGUGCUGAACGGGGGAAAAUUGUCAAGGAGAGAGUAUCAGUUACUCAUUCGUACCACAUCAGAUCUGUUUCGCCUUGUACCCUUCUCUGUCUUCAUCAUUGUGCCCUUUAUGGAGCUACUGCUGCCAGUUUUCAUCAAAUUCUUCCCCGGACUGUUGCCAUCGACUUUCCAGACGGCCAAGGAUCGAGACGAUAAGCUGAAGCAAAAUCUAAAGGUGAAAUUGGAGAUGGCUAAGUUCCUGCAGAAGACGCUGGAUGAGAUGUCAGUGAAGCACAAGGAGCACCGUAGUGAAGCAGCCAAGGAAUUCAGUUUAUUCGUGGCAAGAACACGUGAAGCCGGAGAGCCUCCAGCUCCGGAAGAAAUUAUGAAGUUCUCAAAGCUCUUUGCCGACGAGAUUACGCUGGAUUCACUCAGCCGGCAGCAGUUGAUGGCCAUCUGCCGGGUGUUGGAAGUGGGAACAAUUGGCACAAAUGCCUUCCUGCGCUUCCAGUUGCGCAUGAAGCUGCGAGCCCUGGCGGCGGAUGAUAAAAUGAUCCAGAAGGAGGGUGUGGAUGAGAUGAACUAUCCUGAGCUGCAGGCAGCAUGCCGAUCGAGAGGCAUGAGGGCCUAUGGGAUGUCCGAGGAGAGGCUGAAGCAGCAACUACUGGAGUGGAUUGAUUUGAGUUUGAAUGAGAAGGUGCCUCCGUCCCUGCUUUUGCUGUCACGAGCUAUGAUGCUGCCAGAACACAUUCCGACCAGUGAUAAGCUCAAGGCGACCAUUUCGGUGCUUCCGGAGCAAGUUGUGGCACAGACCAAGGCGGCUAUUGGGGAGCGUGAAGGGAAGAUUGACAAUCGUACGAAACUGGAGAUUAUUCAGGAGGAAGUGCGGAAGAUCAAGGAGGAACAUGAAGAGGAGAAGGAGACAGCUCAAGUGGAAGCUGCGGCGAGCAAAAAGGAUUCCGAGGAACUGGAAGAUAAGGCUCCAAAGAUUGUCCUCGAGAGCAGUAUUGCGGUGGAUCAGGAGAAAAUGGCUGUGCUGGAGAAGGCGGCAGAGAAGCCUGCAGAGAUCUCAUCGCAGGAUCUGGAGGUGCUAACGGAUGCCUUGGGAGAGAUUGCCAAGGAUAAGAAGCAGCUUUUGGUGGAGAAGGAGCAACUCAAGGAUCUCAAGGAGGAGAUUGCUGACUACGCAGAAGAUGUCAAAGAGCUCAAUGCUGUUGUCAAGCCAACGGAUAAAAUUGCCGAAUCCACAGCAGCUAGGCUUCUGCACAAACGCGUGGACAAGAUGAUUGGGAAACUGGACAAAGUGCUGGCAGAUCUAGAGGCCAAGGAGCAAAAGAUCAAGUCAGACAUUGAGACAAUUGAAGCCACAGAGGACAAUGUACAGCAAGAGAAGAAGGAACAGCUCGUGUAUGUGGAUGAGUUGAUGAUGGCUAUCAAGAAAAUCCAGAAGGUGGACGAUGACUCGAAACUUCACCAAAUCUACGGGAUUCUCGGGAAGUUGGACGAUGAUCGAGAUGGAAGGCUCAAAAUUGACGAUGUGCUUAAGGUGAUUGAGAUGAUUGCAAAGGACAAUGUUAAAUUGAGCGAAAAGCAAUUUGACGAGUUGAUUGAACUGAUAGCCAAGGAGGAGAUUUUGGAUAAUGAGGAUAAAAUUGUGAAGGAGCUGAAUAAGCAAAUGGCAGCUGCUAAGGAAGAGGCAUCGGUGUCUCUGCCACCACCAACAAAUGCCGAAAAGGCUGAAGGGGUUCAGAAGAAGCUGAUAGUGGAUCCAGAUACUGUCACUGAGGCUGUGGAGAGGCAGAAGGAGAAGAUUCUGCCCAGCAAUAAUGGAAUUCCACCGAUUCCGCCACCGCUGCCAACGGCGUCUGGUGGCGACAAGGUGAAAAACAGCAAGACCUUGUGACCUCGAUCCAAGACCGAGAAUUAAGGGAUGCUGUUCUGAAACACAAAACUCUCUCUCACGAACCUAGAGAUUCACUAUGAGGAAUUUCAAGUGAGUGAUUCUUUUUUUUAGUGCAAAAAAAAAACAAUUCAGUGAAUCCUUUUACCUCAAACCAAUUAAAAUUACUACCUAUAUACUCCUAUUUUCCCCUAAUAAUCCUUUGUAAAUAAAUAGCAACAAUAUUUAAUUAUUCCCUGCGGCUCCUGAAUUUCUCGUGUUUCGCCAUGUGAGAUUAGAUAAUGUGCGCAAAUUGUGAAGUUUUGAGGAUGCCUCUCUCAUACCCCUGUGCAAAAUUCCACAAGUGAAAAUUUAUUUUACUACUUAAAUGCGAAUGUGUUGUUACAUGAUAGGUGAAUAAAACGAGAAAGGUGAAUAAUAUAAAA